UUAUACCUUUUAAUAAUUGCGAGCAUCAGUUCUGUCUUUUGACUCGUGGCUGAUGUACCCUUUUUACAUCGAGACUCCAGAGAGGUCCAUGCGUGUUAUUUAUGUGCCAGCUACCCUCGAUCAUUCUGGCGCGAAUCGGAUCGCCACCCACGGUCUGGAACUUUAAUUGGUGUGGUGGGUAGUCCAUGAAAUCAAGGGUAGGUGCUUAGGCGGUGAGAGGGAAGGAGGAGAAGGAGCACCAUGAUGUUGCACUCGCGGUAUCGCAGUCAGAAAGGAGCUUUUUCUGGUUUCCUGGUUCUCUUGCUCCCUGUUUUUUUCCCUCAGCUCUUCUCAUUACUGGGCCAAGCAUUGCCUUCUAUCAUUUCGGAACAGAAAGUGGCUAAACCGAGACACUUGCAUCUGCUAACGAGUGCUUUAGACCGUCCACCACUGGAUGAGGAACGCUCCGAUUUGUGGUCUGCCCUGCCUAGCUUGGAGCCAAGACAUUGUGAUAAGCCCUUAGCUACACAACCCUUUCCAACGAGAUCACAGGGAUAUAUCCAGGUUUUCCUUGAUGGAGGAUUGAACCAGCAGAGAAUGGGGAUCUGUGAUGCAGUUGCUGUCGCCAAAAUAUUGAACGCAACUCUUGUGAUCCCACACUUUGAAUUCAAUGCCGUUUGGAAGGAUCUGAGCUCGUUUGCCGAUAUAUAUGAUGUGGAUCACUUCAUUGAGGUGCUCAAACACGACAUUAACAUAGUUCGGGAUUUACCCAGUGAAUUUUUAUGGAGCACAAGAGAGUACUAUGCAGCGGGAAUUCGGGAGACACGGGUUAAGUCAGCUCCAGUUCAUGCGUCUGCAAAUUGGUAUCUGGACAAUGUCUUACCCAUAUUGCAGAGCCAUGGUAUUGCUGCUAUUUCUCCUUUCUCCCAUAGAUUGGCAUUUGAUAACAUGCCACUUGACAUUCAACGCUUGCGUUGUAAGGUCAACUUCCAAGCUUUGACUUUUGUCCCCCAUAUCAAUGCUUUGGGAGAGACCCUUGUUCAGCGCCUCAAGUAUCGCACUCUAGAACAUGAAGACAAGUACCUGACAGAGAUAACCAACAAUGCAGUUGACAAAGCACCUGCGAAGUUUGCUGCACUGCAUCUUCGUUUUGACAAGGAUAUGGCAGCUCAUUCUGCUUGUGAUUUUGGAGGGGGAAAAGCUGAAAAACUGGCCCUUGCAAGAUACCGUCAAUUGAUUUGGCAAGGCAGAGUCUUGAAUUCUCAGUUUACAGAUGAGGAGUUAAGGAGCCAAGGGCGCUGUCCUUUGACACCGGAAGAAAUAGGCUUGCUACUAGCAGCUUUAGGCUUUGACAACAGCACGAGGCUCUAUCUUGCCUCCUACAAGGUGUAUGGUGGGGAAGCAAGGAUCUCUGCACUGCGAAAGCUUUUCCCUCUGAUGGAAGACAAGAAGAGCUUAGCAUCCAAAGAAGAGCUGGCACAAGUUGAUGGCAAAGCUUCGCUUCUGGCUGCAGUGGAUUAUUAUGUUAGCAUGCGCAGCGAUGUAUUUAUUUCAGCUUCUGCAGGAAAUAUGCACAAUGCUCUGUUGGGACAUCGUUCAUACGAGAAUUUGAAGACUAUAAGGCCGAACAUGGCAUUGAUGGGUCAGCUGUUCCUGAAUAAGAGCAUGGGGUGGUCGGAGUUUCAGACGGCUGUCAUUGAUGGGCACAAGGACAGACUAGGAGAAAUCAAGUUGAGGAAGCCAACUCAGUCAAUUUACGCAUACCCACUUCCAGAGUGUAUGUGCAAUAUGUAACGUCUUUGAUUUGUAUGGCCCUUAAAAUAGUAUCCUUCUCUGAUGACCUUUUGCAGAUAAUUUAUCCUUAUGUGAUUGCCUUUUGCGGCUAAUAAACAUUAGAUUGUGAGUUUGUGGCAUAUGUAUAUCCCCGAGUUUUUGACGUGUGUUUAA